AUGGAACCUGCCACAUCUCUGAAAAAGGGGCCAUGGUCUCCUGAAGAAGACCGAAAACUGGUGUCCUACAUAAUGAGAUAUGGCAUUUGGAACUGGAGACAGAUGCCCAGAUAUGCAGGACUUGAAAGGACGGGGAAGAGUUGCAGGCUUAGAUGGGUGAACUACUUGAGGCCUGAUGUGAGGAGGGGACCUUUUGACAUGGAAGAAGUUUCAAUUCUCAUCCACCUUUAUCAAUCUCUUGGAAACAAAUGGUCGGCCAUAGCCGCACAGCUUCCAGGAAGAACAGACAACGACAUCAAGAACUUCUUCCACACACACUUAAAGAAGCUGUUGAAGAUGAACAAUGCCACCGCCGGCGCCGGCGCCGGCGCACCGUCACGGCCCAAACCCUCAAUCAGAGCAAAGCGACUAAUAUCACAAACAGUGGCCACUAAUCUUAUUAACAACACUGUUUCUGCCGCCGCCCCGCCGCCGCCGCCGCCUGAGUCUCCAGAUUCUUGGAACAGCGAGAUUUACCAGGUUUCCGUCGUCGACGUUAACAACAACAACAACAACAUUAAUUUCUCCGAAACACCGCAGGAUUAUAAUAGUUCGCCGCAGGUUGUUAUAUUGGAGAGCAGUCCGAAUUCAUUUGCGCCGCCACUUUCUGGGGAAGCUGGUUUGCAUCAGCUUCCCUACACGGCGGCGCCGGCGGCGGUUACAGUGGAUAUGAAGAUGAACUUUUCAUCAUCCUCCGAUGUUGAUGACACGGCUUUCUGGUACGACAUGUUAGCAGAAGCAGAACGUCUUUAA